AAGAAUUGAGCGUGACGACUGCUUCUUUGGACAAAGUUAAGAAAAAGGAGGUAGACGGCAGGUGGCAAGAUCACAAAAUUCCAUAGAAUGUAGUUGGCGAAGGCCCUGUUAAGGGCAGAGAACAUGCUGUUCCGAUCAUGAAGCAGACCUUGAUCUGGGAGACCCGCAGCCCAAUUCAAUCGCAUUGACAUCAACGUAAACGUAGGUAGCAUCUCACUGGGCGAGGUCUUUUUUUCUAUGACCCGUCUGCCUUUUACCCCCUUCCUGGCAAGUGGCUCUGUCACCGGACGCCUCAAGCAGAAAUUCGAAGGCGUAGACUCCGCGCCCGCCCCCGCGGGGAGCAGGUUGCUCCGUCGACCUUUCCCUUUUCGCUACAGAGAUUUUACACACCAAAGAGCAUUGCGGGUGGGUGGGGUGGGCGCAGCAAGCCACCACCUUUUCUCCAAAGAAGGCCACAGGGGCUCGCCACCUUUGCUAGCCGACCCCGGCGCCCCUCCACCGCCACUUCCUCACGCCGACAAAAGUUCUCGCUGGUCCCGCCUUCUUCCUCGCUUCGGCUCGGCUUUUUGUGCGCGCCGCAGCCGGGGUUCGAACUUCCCUCGCCCGGAGGCGGCGGUGACAGCGGAGGGCGCUGACAGAGACGGGCAGCGAUGUGCAGGCGAGGCCGCCCUGGCCCUUGCGCGCUCAGGCUUUGGCGGGAGUGGAGAGUCGACCCCGCCGGGCUGAGGUGGCCGCCGCCGAUAUGCAAGCUUUAGAAGGCAGCCGCCCGACGCCGAAAGCUUUGCCAGGAUGCAGCGUUGAUCCAAAGGCAGCUGUUCAGCAGGAGCAGAUCUGUUGCUCCCAUUCAGAUCUUCCUGAAGCUGCUGAAUUCAGCCUAACAAUGUCUUUGGUACACUUAGCCAAAGGAGCCAGCCUGGAUGACCUUAUUGAUACUUGUAUUCAUUCUUUUGAUUCUGAAGGAAACCUAUGCAAAAAUGAUCAACUGUUGCGGGUAACGUUGACUAUGCACCAACUCAUCCUCUCCUCCACUGAGAUGCUGCGAAAACUAAUAAAUCUAUAUCGGGAUGCUUUGGAAAAUAACUCUCCUUUGUUUUGCUCUAAGAUAUGCUACCUUGUAAGGUAUUGGAUAAGAGAAUUCUGGAUGAUGUUCAAAACAGAUUCCAGUCUUACAAACACCAUGGAGGAAUUUCAGGAACUAGUGAAAGCUAAUGGUGAGGAGUUACACUGUCGCCUAAUUGACACAUCUCAAAUAAAUGCUCGAGAUUGGUCCAGGAAGAUCACACAACGAGUAAAAUCGAACAGUAGUAAGAAAAGAAAAGUCUCACUACUCUUUGAUCACUUGGAACCAGAGGAGUUAUCUGACCACCUCACUUAUCUUGAAUUCAAGUCCUUCCGAAGAAUAUCAUUUUCAGAUUACCAAAACUACAUCAUGAAUGGCUGUGUGAAAGACAAUCCAACCAUGGAACGCUCAAUUGCUCUUUGCAACGGCAUUUCCCAGUGGGUGCAACUAAUGGUACUCAAUAGACCAACACCACAACUUCGAGCUGAAGUAUUCAUCAAAUUUAUUCAUGUGGCCCAGAAACUUCACCAGUUGCAGAAUUUUAACACAUUAAUGGCUGUAAUAGGAGGCCUCUGUCACAGUUCCAUUUCUAGACUUAAAGAAACAAGUUCUCACGUUCCUCAUGACAUUCAUAAGGUAUUUAAUGAAAUGACUGAAUUGUUGUCAUCCUGUAGGAACUAUGAUAAUUAUCGGCGUGCUUACAAUGAGUGCUGUAACUUUAAGAUCCCAAUCCUUGGAGUGCAUCUGAAAGAUUUGAUCUCCCUUUAUGAAGCUAUGCCAGACUACUUGGAAGACAAAAAAAUUAAUAUACAUAAAUUACAUUCUCUGUAUAAUCAUGUUAAUGAACUGGUACAGUUGCAAGAAAUAGGUCCCCCACUGGAAGCUAACAAGGAUCUUGUUCAUCUCCUCACAUUGUCACUUGACCUUUACUACACAGAAGAUGAGAUUUAUGAACUUUCAUAUGCACGAGAGCCGAGAAGUCAUCGGGCUGCACCUUUGACACCUAGUAAACCUCCAGUAGUAGUAGCAGACUGGGCCUCUGGUGUGGCCCCAAAGCCUGACCCAAAGAUAAUCAGUAAGCAUGUUCAGAGAAUGGUAGAUUCAGUUUUCAAAAAUUAUGACCAUGAUCAGGAUGGAUACAUUUGUCAGGAAGAAUUUGAGAAAAUCGCUGCAAGCUUUCCUUUUUCAUUUUGCAUAAUGGACAAAGACAGGGAAGGUCUGAUUAGCAGGGAUGAAAUAACAGCAUACUUCAUGAGGGCCAGCUCAAUUUAUUCUAAACUGGGCAUUGGGUUCGCUCACAACUUCCAGGAAACCACUUAUCUAAAGCCAACAUUCUGUGACAACUGUGCUGGAUUUCUUUGGGGAGUUAUUAAACAAGGAUAUAGAUGCAAAGAUUGUGGAAUGAACUGUCACAAGCAAUGCAAGGAUCUGGUUGUAUUUGAAUGUAAGAGAAGACCCAAAGCCACAGCUGUGGAUAAUAGUCCUGCAUCAGCUCUUGCAUCUAGCCUGUGCCCUGUGGGACUCAAAGAACAUAUGCAUGGGCUAGAAGAAGGAGCAUUUCCAUUUCCUAACGGAGACAUGGUUGAGCACAAUGAAGGGAGCAAAGACAGAACUAUUAUGCUUAUGGGGGUUUCAGCUCAAAAGAUCUCAGUAAGGCUAAAGCCAUCCAUGGUGCACAAGAGCACACAGACAGACCUACCAGUGCAUAGUGAUGGGCUCCCCAGACAGCAGAGAGAACCAGGAUUGCUACCUGAAAGCACUUUUCUCCAGCCUACACCUUUAUCUCCGUGUCCAAGCCCAGUUCUUAGCCGUAAAAAGGCUUAUGUGAAAUGGGAAAACAAAGACUACAGUCAAAAAACAAAAGAGCCACAUGUUCUAAAACCCACGUACCAGGAACUGGAGCAGGAAAAAAAUAUUCUUACAGCAGAGAAUGAGGCUUUAAAGCUCCAGCUUCAACAAGCACAUAAGAAAAUUGAAUUCCUCAGCAUUCGAAGAAACCACAUUUUGGACAGCAGAGAACAUGGAGGCUGCUUGUAGCUAAAAAAGUGAGGAGCAGUAGAAGAUGGUGAAGGUGAACGAGUCUUUAGGGAUGAUGCAUUCCCAUUAACAUGGAGUAGCAGGAUUCAAAGCAAAAGUGUGUGUGCUGGAUCUUCCUGGGCUGCUUGUUAAUAAUACACAUGGAUGCAUGCGUUCUCUGUUCACAGGUUUAAAACAGUUCUUCUUUUUGGUGGAAAUGAUUUCAUUUGGAAUUUCUCUUAAUUAGGGCACAGGGUACUUUUGCUAUCUUCAUAACAAGGUAACCAGAUUCCAAUGCUAAAGAAGAAUGCAUAAAGAAAUAUUGUAACAGAACUGUUUAUAUGUAGAACUGGAGGUGUGGGCAAUACUGGAAGCUGAAAUCUAAAAAUGAAUCUACUUGGAACAAUGUAGGGAAUUCUGGAAAUAUCA